AUGUGCUGCAAUACAAAAUGCUGGCUGAUAGCGGGAUCUGUUAUUGGGGGACUGUUGGCCAUACUUGGAGGGAUCCUAAUACCUGUUGGAGAUAUAGUUAUCAAAGGUGAAAUAGACAAGGAAGCUGUAAUUGAAGAAGGAACUAUUGCCUAUGACAACUGGAUAGUGCCCGGAAGCUCUGUCUAUAGGCAGUUCUGGAUCUAUCAGGUUUUAAACCCAGAUGACAUCAUAAAUGGAGGAAAGCCUAAGUUACAGCAAAAGGGACCUUAUACAUAUUUGGUUCGAUACGCACCAAAGUAUAAUGUGACACAAAACAAUAACAACACAGUGACUUUUUAUCAGCCAAAUGUGGCCGCAUUUCAGAGAGAUAUGUCAAUUGGACCUGAUAGCGAUACUUAUACAGUCCUGAAUCUUGCUGUUGCUGCUGCCCCUGGUAUGAUUUCAAAUGUAUUUCUGAGCAUUGUCAAUCAAGCAAUUAAAUCAUCAAACUCAUCGUUGUUUCAAACAAGAAGUGUCAAAGAGGUCCUGUGGGGCUACAGGGAUCCCUUCUUGGAGCAAAUUCCAGAUUUUAUUAUAAAAGAUAAAAUGACUGGAGUAUUCUAUCCGUACAACGAAACUAAUGAUGGCCCUUAUGUUGUAUAUAAUGGAAAGGAUGACAUCAGUAAAGUUGCCAAGAUUACCAGAUACAAUAGAGAAAGCACACUUUCUUACUGGAACGAUGACUACUGUGAUAUGAUAAAUGGUACAGAUGCAGCUUCAUUCCCCCCAUUUGUGGACAAAAAUGCUCCUCUCUAUUUCUUUUCAUCAGAAAUCUGCAGAUCAAUAUAUGCGGUAUUUGAAAAAGAAUAUACAUUGGAAGGAAUUAAACUAUCUCGAUUUGUGUUGCCAAAAUUUGCUCUGGCCUCUCCAUAUGACAAUCCAGACAACCACUGCUUCUGCAAAGAUCAGCUCAUUUCUAGAAAUUGUAAUGCUUCUGGAGUGCUGGAUCUUCGAGCCUGCCAAGGUGGAAAGCCCAUAUUCCUUUCAUUACCUCAUUUCCUGUACGCAAGUGAAUUUCUUUUAGAAUCUCUUGAUGGCUUGAGCCCUAAUGUAGAAGAGCAUCAAACUUAUGUAGACGUGGAACCGACUACUGGCUUUACUAUGCAUUUUGCUAAAAGAUUGCAGGUCAAUGUUUACUUUAACCGCACCAGUAAAAUAGACGUUCUGUCAAACCUGCUGUCAGAAUUUAUGUUUCCUGUAGUAUGGUUAAAUGAGACUGCAACAAUUGGUAAAGAUAAAGCAAAUGAAUUUAAAUCCAGCGUAACUACUCCAAUGAAUGCAUUAGGGAUCAUUCAGAUCGUGUUUAUUUGCCUUGGAAUUGUCUUAUUCCUUUCAUGCUCCAUAACACUUUGUGUCAGAAGCAGAAAGGAGAGACGCAAUGGGAAGAAAGUAUAAAGGGAAGCCAAUAAUGCGGAAAUGACGAAAAACUAACACUAUGAAAACAAACUUCACAGAAGACAGAUUUCAGUGGAAGAAGUAAAAAGAAAUAUAAACCACAUAAUACAAAUACAU